GGUAUGUUUUGUCCCAUGGACGGGUGAAAGCAUGCUCGUCUUGGGCACUGCUUCUGCGUCAUAGCAGUCGCCGCAUACUACAACCACCACAGCCAUCCAGCACGCCCAUCUGACAGCUCUCUCAGUGCACCAGAGCCUCUGCUGCCCCUCGCCGCCAGCAUGUCUCUGACACGCCCAACCCCGCGCUUCUUCACCCGCACAAACCGCAUCUUCGCGACCCAGAUACGGUCAUAUGCCGCACCAGGCGACGGCGUCAUCCCCCCGGCCAAGAAGAAGUAUGUGCCUACUUCAGGCACCUAUCCUCGCGGCUUCAAGGCCGGCAGCGCACAUGUUGGCGUCAAGGCCUCCAACACGCGUUUCGACGAUCUCGCCCUCGUGGCAUCCGACACGCCGUGCGCUGGAGCGGCCGUCUUCACCACCAACAAGUUCCAGGCUGCUCCCGUCACAGUCAGCAGGGACAUGCUGAAGCGGACCAAGGGCGAGGGCAUCAGGGCUGUUGUCGUCAACUCGGGGUGCGCCAAUGCCGUCACAGGCCGUGGCGGAAUCGAAGACGCCAUCGCCAUGGGCAAAGAGGCCGAUGCCUGCUUCAUCCAAGACGGACAGGCCCAGGACGGUUUGGAAGGAAGCCGGAGCAUCGUCAUGAGCACCGGUGUCAUCGGCCAGCGUCUGCCUAUCCAGAAGAUUACCUCCAAGAUACCCACAGCCUACACCAACCUCGGCGACACACACGACCACUGGCUCGCCACUGCGCGCGCAAUCUGCACCACCGACACUUUUCCAAAGCUCAUCUCCAAGACCUUUACGCUUCCAAGCGCCCAGCAAGAGUACCGCAUUGCGGGCAUGACCAAGGGCGCCGGCAUGAUUCACCCCAACAUGGCCACUCUUCUGGGUAUAAUAUGCACAGACGCGCCCGUUGCCGCGUCUCCCCUGCGCCGAGCACUCUCUGCCUCUAUCCAAAAGUCCUUUAACAGCAUCUCCAUUGAUGGCGACACUUCCACAAACGAUACUGUCGCUAUUCUGGCAAACGGCGCGGGAGGGGGCCAAGCAAUCACGUCUUCGGAUUCUCCCGACUUUGCAGCCUUCCAAAAGGUACUGACGGAUUUCGCCAUUGACCUGGCCAAGCUGGUCGUCCGGGACGGCGAAGGAGCAACAAAAUUCGUCACCAUCCGCGUCACAAACGCCGCGUCGUACAAAGAUGCCCAUCGCGUGGCGUCGACGAUUGCACGUUCCCCUCUGGUCAAGACGGCGCUCUACGGCAAAGACGCAAACUGGGGGCGCAUUCUGUGCGCGACGGGCUAUGCCGAAGGCGCCGAUUCGGUGGUGCCUGAGGAGACGAGCGUCAGCUUUGUGCCGACGGACGGCAGCCAAGAGCUGAAAUUGCUGGUCAAGGGCGAGCCGGAGCAAGUCGACGAGAGUCGGGCCGCAAAGAUACUGGAAGCCGAGGAUCUAGAGAUUAAAGUUAGUCUGAGCGAGAAGGCCGGCCAUGAAGCCGUCUUCUGGACAUGUGAUUUUAGCCACGAGUACGUCACCAUUAACGGCGACUACCGUACAUGAGAGCCGUAGGGAAUCUAUCAAAAGUUGGCAGAGAAUAAAACUGCCUCGUUAUUA